AUGCCAACCCCCAACAUCUCCACCUCUGCAGCCAAAGGCUUCCGCAGGGCGGUGUCGGAGCUGGACUCCAAGCAAGCCGAGGCCAUCAUGUCUCCGCGGUUCAUUGGUAGACGCCAAAGCCUCAUUGAAGAUGCCAGGAAGGAACGAGAGGCUGCAGCUGCAGCCACUGAUGCAGCAGAGUCCACAGAGACAAUUGUUUUUGAAGAGAAGGAUGGGAGAGCCAUGCUGAACCUGUUCUUCAUGCUCAAGGGUGCCAAGACUUCUCCGCUCUCGCGAGCACUUAAGGUGUUUGAGACAUUUGAAGCUAAAAUCCACCACUUGGAGACAAGACUCAGCCGAAAGCCCCGUGAAGGCACUGCUGAACUGGAGUAUUUUGUGCGCUGUGAAGUGCACAGCUCUGACCUUAAUACUUUCAUUAGCUCCAUCAAGAGGGUAACAGAAGAUGUGAGGACCACUAAGGAAGACAAAUUUCACUGGUUUCCCAGAAAAAUAUGUGAAUUGGACAAGUGCCACCAUUUGGUCACCAAGUUUGACCCUGACUUGGACUUGGAUCAUCCGGGCUACUCUGACCAGGUGUAUCGCCAGAGGAGGAAAUCAAUAGCAGAAAUCGCUUUUCACUAUAAGCAGGGAGAUCCAAUUCCCCAUGUGGAGUACACAGCAGAGGAGACUGCUACCUGGAAGGAGGUAUACAGCACUCUGAAGAGCCUGUAUCCAACCCAUGCCUGCAAGGAGUACUUAGAAGCUUUUAAUCUACUGGAGAAAUUCUGUGGCUACAAUGAGAACAACAUCCCUCAACUGGAGGAGGUCUCCCGCUUCCUGAAAGAGAGGACUGGCUUUCAGCUCCGGCCUGUGGCUGGCCUGUUGUCUGCACGUGACUUCCUUGCCAGCCUGGCCUUCCGUGUGUUCCAGUGCACACAGUAUAUCCGCCACGCAUCUUCACCCAUGCAUUCCCCUGAGCCGGACUGCUGUCAUGAGCUACUGGGGCACGUCCCAAUGCUGGCUGACAAGACAUUUGCCCAGUUCUCCCAGGACAUUGGGCUUGCAUCUCUGGGAGCAACUGAUGAAGAAAUUGAGAAACUGGCUACACUUUACUGGUUUACAGUGGAGUUUGGACUCUGCAGACAGAAUGGAAUAGUCAAAGCCUAUGGGGCAGGUCUCCUGUCUUCCUAUGGGGAGCUCAUCCACUCCUUGUCAGAUGAACCAGAGGUACGGGACUUUGAUCCUGACGCUGCUGCUGUUCAGCCCUACCAGGACCAGAACUACCAGCCUGUGUAUUUUGUGUCUGAGAGCUUCAGCGAUGCCAAAAACAAGCUGAGGAACUAUGCAGCACAUAUCAAGCGGCCCUUCUCAGUGAAAUACGAGCCCUACACCCACAGCAUUGAACUCCUGGACAGCCCCCAGACCAUCUGCCACUCCCUGGAGAGCGUAAGGGACGAGCUUCAUUCACUGAUUAACGCGCUCAAUGUGAUCAGUUAA